CUUUCUGAUCAAGCAAUAUGUUUAAGAAUAAAACAUCAAAAAACAACAAUUUUUUUAACAGCAAUUUCAACAGACAGCUUGUUAAAAAUUAAAAAAAAAAUUAUUAAAAUAUUGGAAGAAACUGAAAAUCAAGUUCCAUCAAAAAUUAGAUUAUAUAAAUAUCAAAAUAAUUCUGGUCCUACUUUAGCAUUGGAUAUAGAUUAUGAAACUAUUGAAGGUUUAAAUAUUAAAGAUAAUGAAGUUUUAAUAUUAUGUUUUUGGGAUAAAAUCAUUAAUGAUUGGGAAAGUAUCAAUAUAGAACAACCAGAACCUUUAACAUAUGAAUCAGAUGUAGAACCUGAAGAAGAUUUUGAAGAUGGAAUUAAUAAAAUAGUUGAGGAUAACAGCAGCAGCAACAACAAUAAAUCAGAUAAAUUACUUGCUGGUGAAAUAUUGUUCUAG